CAUUCGAAAUCUCGUUCUGCUGUGAUAAAAGUUCCCCACAACGGUCGUCAAAUUAGACACGAUGGCUUCUUGGCUGUUAUCUCUGACCCUCUGGCAUUUUCUCGGCCUCGGUGUCGACAAUGCAGUAAAGACAAUUAAUUGUACACCAUGAGUGAAAGCUGAUUUGAUCCGUUCGAUCAACAAUUGUUUAUUUUGUUGUUCACAAUGGAUUUGAUCCUUCAAAGGGAGGUCGCCACCGUCGACCCCAGCACGCCCUUUCGCGCAACAGAGUAUCAUGUCCAUCAUACCUGGGCCAAAACCUUCCAUACGCGGCCUGAGCUCUAUAUCCGGCCUCAUUCAACCGAAGAAAUCCGCAAGGCCGUAAAUCUCGCUCGAAGCUGUCGUAAACGAGUUGUGACGGUCGGAUCCAGGCACUCACCGAGCGACAUUACCUGCAGCUCCUCAUGGAUGGUCAAUCUCGACCACUUCUCCCAGAUCUUAAAUGUCGACAUUUCCACUCGGCUCGUUACCGUUCAAAGCGGCAUCCGACUUUUCAGACUAGGAGAUGAGCUGGAGAAGGUCGGAUUAGCCCUGGAUAAUCUGGGUAGUAUUGAUGAGCAGUCUGCCGCAGGCGUGAUAAGCACUGGCACACAUGGCAGCUCUCUCAAACACGGGCUUAUCAGCCAGUCAGUGCGCGCUCUCAAGAUUAUGCUUGCAAAUGGAGAGGAGUUGUCUUGUAGUGCAGAGGAAAAUGUUGAGCUCUUUCGUGCAGCUCUACUCUCCUUAGGUGCUCUAGGCAUCAUCACUGAGAUCACUUUCGAGGCUGUCCCUUCGUUUAAGAUUGAAUGGACACAAUCGCUGCAGCCACUGGACGAGGUCGUCCAGUCAUGGGGCACAAUUUGGAGAGAGGCAGAAUUUGUUCGCUGCUGGUGGCUUCCUUACUUGCAGCGGGCAAUUGUCUGGAAGGCCGACAAGACUGAAAAGCCACUCUUGUCGCCUCAAAGGAGCUGGUAUGGCGGAUUUGUCGGGUUCCAUACCUAUCAGGUGCUUCUGUAUAUCUCAAAUUGGUUUCCACGGCUUUUGCCGGCGAUUGAAUGGUUUGUGUUUGGUAUGCAAUAUGGAUUCAAAGAUGGUGCGAGCACCACGGCUGUGGAGCCCGGACGGACUGGUCUACUCAUGGACUGUCUCUUCUCACAAUUUGUUAAUGAAUGGGCUAUUCCAUUGGAGAAGGGGCCCGAGGCAAUACAGCGCAUCUCGUUAUGGCUAAAUGGCCAAAAGGAAGCAUCGGGUAUUCCGUUCGAUAACAAGGGCCUCUACGUACAUUCGCCGGUUGAGGUCCGGGUAUCAGACACAUCAAUAUCCACGAGUCCAAGGCCUUACCUGGACCAGACAGUCGCAGAUGGACCUACUCUCUAUCUAAACUUUACGCUCUACAGACCGUUCUAUCGGGAUCCUCCAUGCCGCGCCCGCUACUAUGAAGCUGUGGAGUGGUUGAUGAAAGAAUUAGGUGGACGGCCGCAUUGGGCCAAGAAUUUCGACCAUGCGAAUAAUCAUGAAAUUGAAGAAAUGUAUCCAGAGCUGGGCAAUUGGCAGCGCGUCCGAGAUCGCGCUGAUCCCGAAGGCAUGUUCGUUGGAGAUUGGCACCGGAGGCAUGUCAUGCCAGAAGGCCCCCUUCUCUUGCCUCUUGAGGAGAGGGAAAAGACUCGAGUUCCUGCACGUGGAGGUGGUGUUAAUUGGUUUGGCCAGCAGGCUCUCCAGAUGCUCACACUCGAAGCGGAUGGAGAGGAUGAAAAGCUGAGCAUCGAUUUGGAUGGCUUGGGAGGCGUCUCGGAAGGAGGCAAGGUCUUUCUCACUCGGGAGGGAAGGGAGGCUCUGGAUGAUUUCCUCGAUGAUCUCAUUGAAAAGAGGCAUUUGUCUGUUGCUGAGGGACUUUUGAACAACUGACCGUGACCGUUGGAUAUGUCAGGGGUUAUUUCAACGUAUAAAAUGUUCUAUUCGGACUGAUUUUGCAUAAGACAUGUCGACGUUGAAAUAGGGUCGACUAAUUAGUAUGGCAGUCAAAUUAAUAUGAUCAGUCAAAGCAUUAAACUUAUCACUUGUUGCCCGUAUCACAAUCAAAUUUCGCAGACCCUACAAGCGUCACAAAGGCACCAUAAUUUGAAAAGAUUGAAUAAUUAGAUGAUCCAUUUCAGACUCCGUUACCAAUGAUUUACACCCAUGAACCAGAGAUGAAGAAGAAAUAGCAGAGACCUAAUGAACACGAAUGCGUGC